AUUAAGAGAAGGCAAUGACAGUGCCAAAACUAUACUAUUUUUCAAUCCGCGGAUAUGGGGAGUACAUCCGUCUUCUACUAAUUGAUAAUGGUAUCAAAUUUGAAGAUAUUCGCUUCCCAUGGCAAAGCAACGAAUGGGCAGAGCUUAAGAAAACAAUGAAGUUCGGGCAAGUUCCAUGUUAUAAAGUUGAUGGGCAAGAAAUUGUGCAAGCUGGAGCAAUUAUGCGACACCUGGGAAGAGUUCAUAAGCUGAACGGAUCCAAUGAACAAGAAGCGACUUUUCUAGAUAUGCUUUUUGAUGCGAUUCGUGAUGUUCGUUUGAAAUAUAUUCGUUACGUUUAUUUUGACGAGGGAAGUCGUGAAGACAUGGUCAACAAGACCCUUCCAGAAUCUUUGGAAAGAUUGGAAUGCCAAUUUGAAAUUCACCCCGGAGACUUUAUUAUUGGCAACAAACUUAGUUACACCGACUAUAUACUCUUUGAAGAAUUAGAUAUCUAUCACGUUUUGGAUGGAAAGAUUUUGGACAAGUUUCCAGCUUUGAAGGCAUUUUGGGAGCGGAUGUGGCAAAGACCAAACUUGAAGCCUUAUCUCGAGAAACGAACCAAAGACAAUGUUUGGAUCAGUGCCGUUGAAAAGGGAAUGAAUUGAUAAUGUUUUUUUUUUCCUUUCUGUGAUUAAAUUCCCAAAAAAUGGGUCUCGAUACUUUUUGACAAGCUUUCUGAGCUCAAAUUUUCUGAUAGUGAGAAAAUAAAGAAUAAUUUUGAACAA